AUGGCCAUCCAAGGGAGCAGUCCUGAUGCUGGCCAUGAGGUUGUCCUAACCUGGCCAGAUGCAGACCAGCUUCAUUCUGCUUUGAAGGUGUCUUCCUCUUCCUUACGGGCCAUUGGAGCAUGUAGGGCAGCCCCCGGCUCCACCCGAGGCAGUUACCUCCCUAUAUUCACCUUCCAGGAGGUACGACAGCACUGUGCCGUGCACCGGGAGGCCUGUCCUUCUGCCCUGGGCUACCGGGACCUGGGACCGUACUCCUUCAAAACUCGCGGCAUCAUCUGGAAGCGCCCCACGGAGUUAUGUGCCAACCCUCAGUUUAUAAUUGGAGGAGCUACUCGAACAGAUGUCUGCCAAGGAGAGCUGGGUGAUUGCUGGCUUCUAGCUGCCAUUGCAUCUCUCACCUUGAAUCCAGAGAUUCUGUACCGUGUUGUUCCCAAGGAUCAGAACUUCCAGAAGGACUACGCUGGGAUCUUUCAUUUCCAGUUCUGGCAGUACGGGGAGUGGGUGGACGUCGUGGUGGACGACAGGUUGCCCACCAAGAACGGGAAGCUGGUCUUCGUGCACUCGGAGGAAGGCAACGAGUUCUGGAGUGCGCUGCUGGAGAAGGCCUAUGCCAAAUUGAAUGGCUCUUAUGAAGCUCUCACAGGCGGAUCCACUAUGGAGGGCUUUGAGGAUUUUACUGGAGGCAUCUCUGAGUCCUAUGAGCUGCGGAGGGCUCCUUCAAACCUGUACCAAAUCAUCCAGAAGGCUCUGAGAGCUGGGUCAUUGCUUGGCUGUUCCAUUGAUAUAACUACUGCAGCUGAAAUCGAAGCAAUCACAAGCCUGAAGCUAGUAAAGGGACACGCUUACUCUGUCACUGGAGCAGAAGAGGUAUAUUACCGAGGACGGCCAGAGAAACUAGUGAGGCUUAGAAAUCCCUGGGGUGAAGUGGAAUGGACUGGAGCUUGGAGUGAUAAUGCUCCUGAAUGGAAUUAUAUUGAUCCCAAACAAAGACAGGCUCUGGAUAAGCAAAUCGAUGAUGGCGAGUUUUGGAUGGCAUUUUCAGAUUUUCAAAGGCAGUUCACCCGCCUUGAGAUCUGCAACUUGACUCCUGACACGCUGACAAGCAACGAGGUCAAUAAAUGGGACCUGACCCUGUUUAAUGGACAGUGGAGACGGGGUUCAAGUGCUGGGGGCUGCCAGAACUACCAAGCAACAUACUGGACCAAUCCCCAGUUUAAAAUCCGAUUGGACGAACCAGAUGAUGACCAUGAAGGGAGCUUGAAUGAGCCGUGCUGUACUAUACUGGUGGGCUUGAUGCAGAAGAACCGCAGGAGACAGAAGAAAAUGGGAGAAGCUCUGCUUAGUAUUGGUUAUUCGCUCUAUCAGAUUCCUCAGGAGCUGGAAAAUAACACAGAUACUCAUGUGAACCAUGCUUUCUUCGCAAGGAACCAACCGGCAGCCCGGUCUGAUCCUUACGUCAACCUGCGUGAAGUCUCCAGCCGCAUAAAGUUGCCCCUGGGAGAGUACCUCAUUGUGCCAUCCACUUUUGAGCCUUACAAAAACGGAGAGUUCUGCCUGCGAGUUUUUUCUGAGAAACAGGCUAAACCUCAGAUGAUUGGUGAUGUGGUGGCUGCGAGACCGUAUGAGCCUCAUGUCGAUAACAAAGAUAUAGAUGAUGAGUUCAAGACUCUGUUUCAAAAGCUCUCUGGAGAGGACUGCGAAGUGACUGCAACUGAACUUCAAACUAUCCUAAACCGGGUUUUGGUGAAGAGAAGGGAUAUUAAAAGUGAUGGAUUCAACAUUAACACUUGCAGGGAGAUGAUCAGCCUUUUAGAUACCAAUGGGACCGGCACCUUGGGACUUGUAGAAUUCAAGACACUUUGGAUGAAGAUUCAAAAGUAUUUGGCAAUCUAUAAGAAAGUGGACAGUGACUACUCUGGUACCAUCGACUCCCACGAGAUGCGAAAUGCCCUCAGAGAGGCAGGUUUCACGCUCAAUGAUCAGGUGCAGCACAGCAUUGUCAUCCGCUACGCCUGCAGCAAGCUGACCAUUGAUUUUGAUGGCUUUGUGGCCUGUAUGAUCCGCUUGGAGACCCUGUUCAAAGUGUUCCAUCUCCUGGACAAAGACAAGAGUGGAGUCAUCCAGCUCUCACUGGCUGAGUGGCCGUGCUGCACACUGGUUUGA